AUGGAUGUUGAGAGUCUGCUGUGGCUAUCCAUUAGGGACAGCAGAAGAAUUAUAGUAACUGUAACUGACGAACCUAUGGGUGAGUUGGCUGAUGAGUGUCAGAUAGUCAGGCUUUCGAGGGAUUCAGGUAGUUUCCAGCGGUUUGUUAGUGUUUUUAAUAGUAGUAAGACUGCUUUAUACUAUUAUAUUGAAGGUCCAACUGUGGUGGAGGCCCGCAGUCUGGAUGAGUUGAAAGCUCGAUUCCCUAAUAAGAACAGCACAAGACCCUAUGAAAGUGAGAGACAAAGGAUUAUAGACUUGAUAAAUGCAGAUAAACUAGAGCGAAACUCAAGAAGCAGGCAGUUAUCUGGAUAUACUGCCCUGUCUUCUGAAGUUGUACUCAAAGAUAAUAUCAAAAACAACAAGAGCGACAUAUGUACAUUGAAGAUUAGGAUGACUAACGGUGACUAUGUACAAUAUGAUUUUGACUCCAAUACUUCCUUAGGAAGUGUGAGAAGGUGGCUGAAAGACUACCGUACUGAUGGGGACUUUCCCUACUUGUUCCACCAAAAUAUCUCUAGGAAAAGCAUAAGGAUAACUGAAGAAUAUAAAACUUUGGCCGAGCUAGAUUUGACCCCAAGGUCUAUUCUAAUGUUGAAACAAUAUGACCUACGGCCUAGGACUCGAGUCCCAAAGCCCAGAAAGAGAUCGUGGUAUUGGCAGUUCUUGACCGUAAGGAUUAAGAGACAACUUCUCGAAGGAUUAUCAGAAAUUCUAGCGAGCCACAGGACCACUAGUAAUAUUAUGAGAAGCUCGUCGAUGAGUUAUUUGCAGGCAGAUGAUUCUAAUAUGACCAAGAUUACUAAUAGUCUCCCUCCUAAUGAUGACAAUUCAGAAGAUAUUGUCAAAAUCAAACAAAAAUACAAUCAAAAUACGGGAUCAAUUAUGAACACUCCUCUGGAAAUAGCAAGACCAGACUCACCUAGCGUUUUGCAGAUAAAUACAUGA